GCAAAUACACGUGUGGCCCACGUCAUACAGAUGCCAGGCAAGUCCUACGUAAAAUGCUUAAGACCGCAUGUUUGAUCAUGUAGUCCACCAAUUGCGCCCUUUGUUUGGACUUUGUCGCAAACAAAUGACAGAGCAGGAUCACAUUCAAACACGCAAAUGGUUUCAUCUUGAUUUUUUUUAAAAAAACACUUUCGCGGACGGUCGAGUUGACGCAUGAAUUACGUGACGUCUAACAAAGUAUCACUGUGGCACAUUUUAAGUGUAAUAAGAAUAUUUCCAUACAGAGCUUUGGUGACAUAAGGUUCGACGCAAUAAACAACCCGGGUUGAAAGGAAGACCGGUUGGCCUUGCGAUAUUUUUCCGCCAGAUUUGUUGUCCUUUUGAAGAUCAUGUAAAGUUUUACGUACAAAGGAAGCGCAAAAGACAUGUGAUACAUGAAUUUUGGCACCGUCGAGUUUCAGCAAUGGAUCCUCCUCAGUCUCACACUCUAAACACCGAGGGGGCACAGACGCUGACAGCGAUGACGACAAUCAACCCGCAGACGCUUGCUCCUGAAUCCAAUGCUUUUGGCUACUAUCAAAACAUGUGGAAUCACCCGAAUAACUAUUUCCCUUCAAUACAAGGAGGUCCUUUCUGUUAUCAGAAUGAGGGAGCACAGACGGUGGCAACAAUGGCUAUGCCAAGUACACAACCAACACAAUCUCUACCCAUUCCAUACUGCACAGAGCGGCAGGAUAACCUGCAGAUGCAAUUUGCUCAACCGCUUGCAGGUGACAUGACCGCCACGCAGCUGCAAUAUGCCAACUCCAUCCUGCCACAGGGCGUGGCACAGGGAAGCGGUCCUCGGAACCAAUCGGAACGUAGCUUGAUGAAGAACAGGGAAGCCGCCCGGGAGUAUCGGAGGAGGAGAAAGGCGUAUGUGCAAGGCUUGGAGGAACGUGUGGCAAAGCUUGAAAAUCAGAAUAAGGCUCUGAAGGAAGAGCUAAAAACCUGGAAAGAAAUGUGCCAUCAUAACGGCCCUUGAUAGGGCUGUUAAAAUGGCUGCGUGGACUGUAAAUAUCAUUUAAUUCAUGUACUUAAAAAAAAAA